AGGUGGCAGUAAAGCAGCUAGAAACAGUCUCGCCAGCCGGUGAACAACCACAAAGAAGAAGAAGCGGUCAGAGGUGAAAGUUGACAUUAGUAAAAACAUGGUUGAACACGGGGAUAUCCGCGUGGUUCACCGAGGUGGCAGUAAAAUAAACUUCAGGGAGCCUGUCAUAACCCAUGACUCAAGGUAUCUGCUAUGCGCCUCGGGAGAGUGCGUGAAGGUGUUCAGCACCUCCACAGAGGAGUGUAUCCACGACCUGCGGGGACACACCGGCCUGGUAACGGGUGUGCUGCUCAAACCCUCCAACCACCUGCAGGUCUACUCUUGCUCAGCAGAUGGCACUGUCAGACUGUGGGACUACACAGAUGGCAUCCUUAUUAAGACUUACGUCAUUGGAUGCCCGGUUUACUCCAUCUGUGCAUCUGCAAACCAUGAAGGGGUCAUCUUUAUCGUUACUCCCAUGCUCAGUGACAAAAGAUCUGAUUUAUUCCAGCUGGUUGCGGUAGAUCUUCCACAGAGCGGAGAUCAGCUGGUGGAGGCCCGAGAGCUUUCUGCUGUGCUCAGCGACGUCAGCUCCAACCCAGCAGCCAUCGUCUUCGGCAGAGGGGGGGAAUAUAUUGCUUCAGCUAAUGGUUUGCACCUGGAGGUCUACUUCUUCAAGAAGCAGAAGUCCUACAGGUUUUCCCUCAAAGAAGACAACAAGAAGGGAGGCAAGAACACAGUCACGUGCGUCGCCUGUCAUCCGAAAGAUGACUGCAUUGCCACGGGGCACGAAGACGGAAAGAUUCGCUUGUGGAGAAACUUCAACCACAAGAAGGAGUACACAUACUCCACCUUGCACUGGCACCACAGUGCUGUCAGCUCGCUGUGCUUCACCCCAGAAGGCACCAACCUGUUGAGUGGAGGCAUGGAGUCGGUGCUCGUCCAGUGGCGAUACAACCAAGAGAGUGAGCGGGACUUCCUACCCCGCUUGGGUUCGGCCAUCACACACAUCACUGUUUCGCCCGACGGAGCACUGUUCUGUACCUCACACAGUGACAACAAGAUUACGAUCAUCCAGAGUUGUGUUAAAGUGUCGGCUGUCAUUCAGGGCCUGGUCAAAGGAGAAAGUGUGAGGACAGACAUGAUGGUGGACCCACGCAGCAAAUCCCUGGUGCUGAACGGGAAACCAGGCCACCUGCAGUUUUACUCCCUCCCAAGAGACAAACUGCUGUACAACCUGGACAUAGUGCAGCAGGAGUACAUCCAUGAGUCCGGCCUGGAGCAGUUUGAGGUGGUCAAGGCGGCCUUCGAUGCCUCUGGCAGCUGGCUGGCAACAGUGGAAGAGAGAAAACAGAAAGACGCUGAGCUGGAGCUGAACUUAAAACUGUGGGCAUUUGAUGAACAAACACAGAGUUUUGUGCUGAACACGACCAUCUCGGCCCCCCACGAGGCGCGGAUUACAGCCAUGUGCUUCUGCCACGCCACCGACAGCCAGACCACCAUGCUGGUCUCCACCAGCAAGGACGGACACUUCAAAGCCUGGCAGCUGGGCGCGCCAGCCCACACAGAGGCAGAUGAAGGUCCUUCCUGGUCGUGUGACUUCGUGGGAGCCUAUCACGGCCUGGUGCCUGAGUGCUGCUGUUUCUCAGCCGACGGAUCUUUGCUGGCCGUCAGCUUUCAGGAGGUGGUGACUGUGUGGAGCCCGGCUUCCUGGGAGCUCCUGACAACUCUGUCCCAGCCGCCAAAAGCUGUCAGGGAUCUUUGUUUUGGGCGACUAAGCUGUUCUAAGUAUCUGCUGGGAACCACGGCCAACAACCUGCUCUGCUGCUGGAACCUCCUCACCUGCUCAUUGGAGUGGAGCACCUCGAUGGACAUCAGCCUGCUGCUGGCCGACCCCCUCACUGAGAACAUGGCUGCCUUCUGCUGCCAGGCCGGCUCCACCGACUUGUUUGUUUUUAAGCCCAGCGAGCCUCGGCCCGUGUUUUCCCAGAAGGCCGUGUGCUCAGGGAAGGUGACCCGCGCUGUCUUUGCCCCAAGGGAGGAGAUGCUGGAGAGCUGUGAAGAGAGCAGCCAGUGGCUCAACCACUCCCAGCUCUACUUCCUCACUCCGUACAUGGACCUCAUGACGUUCACCACUAAGGCGGAGGAAGACAGACUGAUGGCGUCCAGCAAACAGCUUGUAAUUGAUGACAGUGUCGCCAUGACACCGUUCUACCUGUUGCUGGGGAAACAUCGGCAACAGGAAGAUGCCGACCCGCUGAGCGGCCUGUCUGCUGAGAGAAGGCCUCUGCCACAGUGCUCUGUUGCUAUCAAAGAGCUUCUGCAGACCCCGGCCCACGUCUUGCCCUCUACCUCUUUCCUCUGCUCUAUGUUUGUACAGUCCCUGCUCAUCUCCGUUACCAACGGCAGGGAGGAAACUAAACACGUGGAGGAGGAAAUGGAGAGCGAGAAAGAGGAAGAGGAUUCAGAAGGGGAAAUGGAAUCGAGCACCCAGAGACCGGAGCAGGCGUCGCUGGGAGGCCAGGCGGCCCCCGCUCUGACAAAGGCCCAGCUUAGGGAACUGAAAAGGGUGAAGAAACUGGACCACAGCUGGUUCCCAGGCCUCCUGCACUCUUGAACAUGACCCUGUGCAAAGACACUCGCACACACACACACACACACACACACACACACACGGUGCCUAUAGAAAGUUUUCAGCACAUCAGUGGGUUUUUAAAACAUGUUUUAUUGUGUUACGUCGUCCUAUCAGAAUGGUUUUCUUUUGGAAAGGAAAAAAAGAAAAAGGAAUCUCUAGGCAAUUACAAAACAGAAAAUAUUUGAUUGCACAAGUAUCCUCUCCUUCGGCAGCAGUUCCAGCCUUGAGUCAACGUGGACAGGGUUGUAUCAGGUUACACAUUUGAACAAUAAAACAACUCCCCAAUUGUCCUCUGUUUGAUGAGGAUCAUCUGUCAACAGCAGUCUAAGUCUCGCCAAAGACUCUGGACUACAUUGGUCUGGAUUCUGUCUCGGCCACCCCAGACUAAUUACAUUAGUGUUUCGUGCCAUUCCUGCAUAGCUUUGAGUGCAUGCUUGUUGUUGUUGUCUUGUUAGAAAAUCAAUCUUUUUCCAUGUCCUAGUUCUCGUGCAGAAUGCAGCACGUUCUCCUCCGGGAUUUAUCUGUAUUUCGCUGCACUUGCAGGCUUCUAUCACCACAUUUGCAACAUGCAAGUUUUCCUCUUUCUCUUCUUUUGAUGCUGCAUAGACCAACACUAUACUUGCAAUCCAAGCAUGCAGAAGGCUCCGUAGGACUUCCACGUUUCUCAGCAACGUUGAAUCUUUUUUUUUUUUGUAAAUGGUCAACCGCCACCAUUUGUGAUGCUUGCUCUCCAGCUAGAGCCAGUGCUCGCAAAUCACUUUUGUAAAACGGCUCCCUGUUACGUGCUGACGUCACGACCUCCCAGUUGCUGCUGCAGAGAAGGGAUGGAUAGACACCACCAGACUUCAUGCAGGGGAUGGUGUGUUUUUACUGAUCUACGGUCAUUGAUCAAAAAGCUCAAUUUUGUCUUCAAAAGACCACAGAACCUUCUCUUAUUUCCUUCCAGUCUCACAUGCCUGCUGUUAAUAACUAGCUGAGUAUGUUAUGAGCUUUGAAUUACACAGCUAUGGCCAUGACAUAGUUCUGUUCUUACUGAACUCCGAGGGAGAUUGGGCGCA